AUGUCCAGAGUCGUCUCGUCCCCCGACCGAGCUGCCGGGCAUUCACCCAGGCCAAUCCAGACUUCCCAGAUUGAUGGUGGUCUUGCCGGUCAGCGCAUUCGCCCGACCACGCUGCUCUCUUCGCCACCCUCGCACUCCAAUUCAAAUCGCCGUCCCUCUCCGACCGCAACCUCCACCACUCAACAUCAUCACCACCACCACGACCACCACCUCGCCUCACCCCCAAGACGAGCCGCCGCCGCCUUUACAACCCCUCCGCAAAACGUCUCGACGCCGCCUCCAAGGCUACCGGGCUUGUCGUCGGCGCCCGUGGGGUUAUGGCAGGGACAGCACUUUGAGCUGUGGUCAGACGCAGACCAACUGAUUGAUUUAGAGGAUCCAUUCUCCCCCUCGCACGUCGACGUCGAGGACCCUUACCUCGCUGCAAUAAUCAACACCGAAUUUUCUUCUCCUUCAACAUACCCUCCAUUCACCGAUCAAAAUACGCGAAAUAGCCAAAGCCAAAGCCAAGGCCAGAACCAGGGCCAGGGCGUGAAUCAACCUCCAACAUUACAGGCAUCCGCGCUGCCUCAGCCGCUCACCUACACUGACACUGCUGCCGCCCCACGCGACCCCUCUACCACCUGUAUCUCAGGCCCCGAGCGUUCCACAACACAACUCUCCUUCUCCUCAACCAACGCCGCCGCCGAAUCUCAAUCCACACUGCGCACCCUCGAUUCUUUCGACGAACACGAUUUCUUUGACAGCCCGGCGAGCUCCUUCUCCGACACCAUGCCCCCGGCCCUCCGAAGGACGACAACGGCAGCCGCCGGUCGUGUUGCACCAGCUCACGCCAACAAGCGCCGGCGAACUUCUACAAACACAGCGCCCGCGAAUCCAACGAGGACUACGCCGAGGCGGAAAUCAAACGCCAUGCCUAAAGACGUUGAGGAAGUCCUGGGACCGAAGCCUCCCCGGUCGCCCAUCGAUGUCGACCCGAUAUCAGACCUUCCGACGAUCGACCUCACUGAGACUAAUGAUGUGCCUGAGGAUCUCAAGAAGCCUGAGAAAGAUGACCGCGUCAAGAUUGCUGCCUUCCAGUGCGUCAUCUGUAUGGAUGAUGCUGCCAGCUUGACAGUUACCCAUUGCGGCCAUCUCUACUGCGCUUCCUGUCUGCAUCAAUCUCUCCACGUCGAUGCCACCAGAGGGAAAUGUCCUAUGUGUCGCCAAAAGAUCGACAUGAAGUCCCGUGACGCUUACAAUAGCAAGACAAAGGGAUUCUGGCCCCUGGAGCUGAAGCUUAUGACAGCCACACGGAAGGGCAAACGCAAGGCCAACACACUGUCUUGAUGUCCACAACAUUACGGACACGCAAACGCACAUCGGAAAUGCUGCUCCAUCUGGCUAAUCGGGACUCUUUUAUACCGACAUUGGAUGCAACCAACUCGCACUUGGCUCACCAUCUCACUGGCACUCCCGGCAUGCCCUCCCUGGGCGUCGGGCGGCCUUUUACCGCAUCAUCCCAUCUGGCUGAGCAUCACCUUUCUUGCUACGGAGCAUGGGUUCACUUCGGGGCGUCAUAUUCAGAUACCCAGCAUUUACAUGGAUAAGGGGAAACACGGAUUACUUUGAUUUAUCUGCACGCUAGCAAGGCUAUUAUGCCGACAUGGAUCGUGGGGCCGGCGUAUGGAGUAUUGGAGGAGCUAUGUAUAUGCUCCCGGGGGAUUACAGAGGGGACAACUUAGAAGUCCAAACCACUGUGAAUAGGUUACUUUAGUCAAUGGCAUAUUGACGUAU